AUGUCCCAAACACCGCAAUGGGUCCGCGACCUCAAGCCCUCCGGCCCACAGGGCUCCGAACUCCUCAAGGAAGAACGCAACGCCAGCAACGUCAACGUCGACCAACUGGCAACCUUCCUGCACACCAAAGAUGGACGUGAGCGAAAGAAGCGCAUCCUCAAAGUGCUGGAAAGCGAAAAGGCCUUCGACAAGAGCCAGAACUACUUCGCCGGCCGCAUCGACCGUUUCGAGACCGCCCUCAAACGUGCGAAGCGACUCCGACAGCUGUACGUCGAGCAGAACUGGGGCACUGAGGAACGCCAGGUGGCCAACGAGCUCAUCUCCGAGCCAUUGCCGUAUGGACUGCACGAGUCGAUGUUCUUGAUCACGAUCCGGGAUCAAGGGUCGGCAGAGCAGCAUCAGAAGUUCCUCAAGCCAGCGGAGAACUACGAGUACAUUGGAUGUUACGCGCAGACGGAGUUGGGCCAUGGCUCGAACGUGCGUGGGCUCGAGACGACAGCGACGUGGAAUCCAGAUGAUAAAACGUUCACGUUGCACUCGCCUUCUCUCACGGCGUCGAAGUGGUGGAUUGGGAGUCUGGGGCGGAUGGCCAACCAUGCGGUUGUUAUGGCGCAGCUUGUGAUUGCCGGGAAGAGAUACGGUCCACACCCGUUCGUUGUGCACAUCCGGGAUAUGAAGACGCACCAGCCGCUCGAGGGAGUCCACAUUGGUGACAUUGGACCGAAGUUUGGGUACAACACGAUGGACAAUGGCUUCCUGCUCUUCAACAACGUCAAGAUUCCGCAUAUUGGCAUGCUGUCCCGCUUCAGCUCGGUCGACCCGAAGACCAACCAAUACAUCCGACCCUCGUCGCCCUCGCUGGUGUACGGCACCUUGACCUGGGUGCGGUCGACGAUCGUCAUGCAGGCUGGUGGCGUCCUGGCGCGAGGUGUCACCAUCGCUACUAGGUACUGUGCUGUCCGACGGCAGUUCCAGGAUCGUGACGCUCCGGAAUGGGAGAAGGGGGAGAAUCAAGUGCUCAACUACACGAUGGUACAGAUCAGACUCUUGCCUCUGCUCGCCGCCACCUUCGCUCUGCACUUCACCGGCAAAGGCAUGAUGCAGUUGUACGAGGCCAACAACCGCAAGAUCCGGCAGAGUAAGGAAGCCAGCAAAGAUCACGCUCGAGGCGCUGGUCCAGAAGAGACCGAGUCGUCAUCCGACUUACUCUCCGACCUGCACGCCAUCAGCUGCGGCCUGAAGUCCCUGGCCUCCUCCACCGCCGCCGAAGGCCUGGAAGUCUGCCGUCGCGCCUGCGGUGGCCACGGCUACAGCUCCUUCUCUGGCAUCGGCUCCUACUACGCCGACUACCUCCCCACCGCCACUUGGGAAGGCGACAACUACAUGCUCACGCAGCAAGUGGCGCGCUACCUGCUCAAAUCCGCGCGCUCGGUGCUCAAGGGCAAUGAACCCACCAACGACACCACCGCCAUUCUUUCUUAUUUCCUCUCCCGCCAAGACCAAGGCGCAGCCUUUGACAUUCUAGGCGACGAUGCCGACGUCGUGUCUGCUUUCGCCUGGCGCUCGGCCUUCCUCACGUUCGAGGCACUGAAGCAUCGUGACGAGCAGAAGCGGUCGUGGAACAGUCUGCUGGUCGACUUCUACCAGCUGAGCAAAGCGCACAGCCAGUAUAUGGUCGUCAAGUCCUUCUACGAAACGCUGCAAGCCUCCUCCACCAGCUCCGAGCUCGACCCAGACACCCAGGGCCUGAUGCACAAGCUCUUCCGCCUCUACGCCCUCCACACUCUCGAGUCCGAGGCGUCGGAGUUCUACACUUCUGCGGCUGUCACAGUCCGCCAGAUCCAGCUCGCGCGCAGCAGUGCCGUGAUGAAGUUGCUGGAGGAGAUCCGUCCGCAUGCUGUCCGUCUGGUGGAUUCGUGGGAUUUCCCGGACUGGCAGCUUGAUAGCAGUUUGGGCCGGCAGGACGGGAAGGUGUACGAGGAUAUGUUCUACCGGGCUAGUGAGCUGAACCCGUUGAAUAGGGUGACGGUGGAUCCGUAUCCGAAUAGCGAGACGUUGUUCAGGAAGGAUGGGAGUGGGGAGUUGAAGAGUAAGUUGUAA